AUGGGUACGCCACUAACAGAAACGGUGAUUAUCACGGGUGGAGAUGGAUUGUUGGGUUCAAAGAUCGCUAUAGAGAUCGCGAAGAAGCAACCUUUCGUCCAUCUAUUGUUGACGGCAAAGGAGAUAAGAACCGAUGAUGUCCGCGAUGUGAUGGGGAAGAUCCGCUUGAUCGGCCCCAGGUCGAUCGAGGUUCUUACCCUUGAUCUGACCGAUCUGAAAUCCGUCGCAUCCUUCGCCAAAGCCACUGUCGACCGUGUUCGCCUCAGAGACAUUCCGCCUGUAACCAGUCUGAUCCACUCUGCUGUGGCGACAUCUUACGUUAUUGAGGAUCUCACAUCAGAUGGCUACGAUCCUGUGUAUCAGACAAAUUGCUUAUCUCCCUUUUUAUUGACUAUUGGUCUGCUCGAGGCAUUCCGGGCCGGAGAUGGUACACCAAAAAGCGGAGCGAAGGUGAUCAAUAUCGGCUGUUCUGCAAUGUCUUCCGGGAGGUUGGAUUACUUCGACCGCGACUAUGGAAGAAACGGCAGGCGACCGGGCACUACGCUGAGCGCAAAGGAAGAGAAUCUUCGGUUUAGGAGCAGCAAGUUAAUGGCGAGUGUCGCAUUGUAUGCAUUGAGGCGGAGCUUGAUCUGGACCGGCAAUAUAUCGCUUGAUAUCUUCACCUUGGAUCCUGGAGGCAUGACUGGCCAGAGUACUCUGCGGACCAAGGCGCCCAUGUCGGUCAGAGUCGCACAUCAGACUCGGUCCGGGCUUCGGCCAUUCUUGCGCAUGGUAUCCCGAAGUUCCAUGAAUAAGGCGAGGGGUCCAGCUAAGGCGAUCGCCAGAGUCGCAUUCCACAUCGACACGGUGGGGAACUGGCAAAAGGAACACUAUUUUAUUCUCGACAGCGAUUAUGAGGCCGCAUCCGUCUUGCUGAGCUUGCGUGAUGGGGAAAAAGUGAACAAACUCUUAAUACAGAUGAUGCAAAUGAUUGAAGUGGAAACAAAGCAGAUGGAUUCUCCUGCUCCUCUUCGACCUCAACUGACGCCCGCAGUGAUGAACCGACACGUCCUCGAAAAGGGCCACUCUGCCUAUCCAAGGGGUUCUGCAUUUUCAAUUUCACCGAAUAGGUUCCAGCCUCGCUCGCCACCUGCCCUUCGGAGACGCCGGCAGCUCUUCCAGCGCCUCUGCCUCCUUGGCGGUGUGUCGCUAGUGCUAUUCCUCUUGAUCUUUCCCUCCUGGCGCGCCGCCAUCCUUCCCACCAUCUCACUCGGCCUUCUCUCUUACCCCGGAGAUCUACACCUACAGACGGUCCGAUAUUAUGAUUUAUCUGAAGUGCAAGGGACGGAGAAGGGUUGGGAACGUGAAGAGCGUGUUCUGAUGUGCACCCCGCUCCGGGAUGCCUCAUCGCACCUCCCGAUGUUUUUCUCGCACCUUCGAAACCUCACAUACCCGCACCACCUCAUCGAUCUGGCCUUUCUGGUAUCAGACUCUCGGGAUGACACCCUAGGCAUCCUAUCACGCAUGUUGGAGGAUACACAAAAAGACCCGGACCCUAAAAUGCCCUUUGGGGAGAUUUCCGUGAUUCAGAAGGAUUUCGGCCAGAAAGUCCAACAGGACGUUGAAAGUCGACAUGGAUUCGAGGCGCAGGCGAGCCGACGUAAGCUGAUGGCGCAGGCCAGGAAUUGGUUGCUGAGCGCAACGCUGCGUCCAACCCACAGCUGGGUCUACUGGAGAGAUGCGGACGUGGAGACUGCUCCGUUCACCAUAAUUGAGGAUCUCAUGCGGCAUAACAAGGAUGUUAUAGUCCCUAAUGUCUGGCGCCCGCUUCCAGAUUGGCUUGGCGGAGAGCAGCCUUACGAUUUGAAUUCCUGGCAAGAAUCCGAGACGGCGUUGGCACUUGCGGAUACCUUGGACGAGGAUGCUGUCAUUGUGGAAGGAUAUGCCGAGUACGCUACGUGGAGACCUCACCUUGCUUACCUCCGCGACCCCUACGGCGAUCCAGACAUGGAGAUGGAGCUGGACGGGAUUGGAGGUGUUAGUAUCCUGGCCAAAGCCCGGGUCUUCCGUGCUGGUGUGCACUUCCCAGCCUUUAGUUUCGAGAAGCAUGCCGAGACGGAAGGGUUUGGCAAGAUGGCUAAACGGAUGAAGUUCUCGGUAAUUGGACUACCACACUACACCAUUUGGCAUCUAUACGAGCCCAGUGUCGAUGACCUCCGGCAUAUGGAAGAAAUGGAGGUAGAACGACUGGCUCGCGAAAAAGAAGAACAAGAGCGAGCUGAGCAAAAGGACAGCACCCAGUCCAUGCCACUCGAUACCGAUCACAUUGUGAACGGUGAAGAAGUGCAAGGCUCUGCUGAUGGCCCGGUUGGCCAGCCCAUGAAAGACACCGUAGAGGCCCAAGGUCACUUGAAAGCCCAAGCUGAAACCGUCGACCACGCCGAGAAAGCUGAAGUAGUUAAGAAAGCCAAACUCUGA